AUGAGUCAAAGUCGGGCGUUAGGUGAAGGGCGUAUUUAUGGGAUAGUCAAGAAACACGCGUAUAUUAAAGACGCACGUCUAGGGAAUGUGUUGUUUCCAGUAGCUGCCGCCGCUAUAACAAGUGAAUGCAGUGAUCUUCGUGAAAAAUUUUCGGCUGAUGAAGAAGUUAUUUUUACUGCUCAGAAGCAGAGUCAAGUUGAAAAUGAUUGCCAAUAUGUUGCAUCAUCUGUUGUUAAAAAACGUGAACUGAUAGCGGUAUCCGGUAAAAUAACUGAAGCUUCUGAUAAAUUCUGUUAUGCUGAGAUUAAAAAAUAUGGUCGUGUUUUUGUACCGUAUUCGGCUAGAAACGGUUAUAAUAAAUCGUGGUUGGGGAAGGGAGCAGAAGUUGGUAAAGUUAUUCAGUUAAAGAUAUUUCGUCAACCCGAUAUCAAUAAUUGUCGUUAUGUAGCGUGGAGUAUAAAUAUGAGCACUGUUGAUGAUAAGAAAACUUCUGAUAAAUUUCCCGAAAUGGCAAAUGGCCAGAUCGGUGUUAUUGUUGUUUGCCCUCGUGAAGGAGACUUAACUGUAUAUUCUGCACAAUCUGGUAUAGCACGCUUGCCAGCUUCAUUACGGAAAUCAUGGAUGAGUCUUGGUACCUUUGUUAAUUAUGAUGUUAUUAGACAAGAUACGGAUUCGCGCGCCGUUUGGGUCGUGCGACGAGUUGAUAAUCUUGGUUUGUUAUAUGAGGUUAUUGACUAUCCUAUGGACUCAUCAAAAUUGUUGUUGAGUUUGCAUGCUGUUGUUAACCGAGUUUCCUUGGAUGCGCGUAAUGCGUGGUUAUGGAAUGAUAUAAUUGGACGUAUUUUUGUUCCUGCACAGCAGUUCAUUCAUGGUUUACGUGCCAUGACCUGUGUAAAAAUAAUAGUAGUCUGGACUGGUGCGUUUGAAGAUGUACCAUGGAGUGCAACUCAUGUUGAGGUGCAUGGAGAUGAUGCCGAAAUUCGUGUUCAGAACGCUUCUUUAUUGCGAACGGAUGACAACUGGACGGUAUCAAAUUAUACCCCAAAUCAAUCUUCGUUCCAUGCCUUCAUGAAACAUCCUAGCUAUGGUUGUGCGUUUAUUGCAUGGACUGAUCUUACUGAAGGUGACACGCCUCCUCGUCCUGAUACGAAAUGCAGAGCUACUGUAUUUUUUCAAUCGCGAAACGGUAAGCAUCCUUGGCGAGCCGUACUUGUCACACCAUUGGGAUCUGAUGGACAGCCUAUAUAUCAUCAUCCGUUAUGUAGCCAUUCAGGAUUAUUAUCGUUGCCGAAGAAACCGUUUAAGUUGCCUCCUCCGGUUUUGCCUCCAGUUACGCCGAUUGAGUGCCCGAAGACACCAACGCAGUCGUUUGUGAAUGCUGUAAAAGAACAAGAUCCACUUCAACUGCGUGAUUUUGCUCCUAGCACGGAAAUCCCAUCACCACUAACGAAUGGAACCCCGUUGGUCUCUCCAGCGAAUCAUGUACUUUCAUCGGAUAGCUCCGAUGGGUAUCCAGAUCAAAAUACGCUGGAUGAGGUCAACUCGUUCAAGUCCACACUCCUACCAUGGGGUAAUGAGGAUUUUCUGAAAUGGGCACCAAUGUCAAUGUACGCACCGUCCUCGAUAACGGCUGUGGAUUCAUCCCCAUUGCUUCCGUUAUCUUUUGCUGCUGAGGAUGUACCUCUCAGGUCACCCUUAGGUUUGACCAGCAACGAUGUCACUAGAUUAACUAUUAACGACAUCGCCUCAUUAUCUACUAACGACGUUGCGACGCAGACGGAGGUAUUACCGGAACAGCAAGUUCUCUGGGACAUCAUUAACAAUAAGGAGUUGCUUAUCCAGGUGAUGAAAUGUUUUCCGCAACACUGCACCAGCAUUAUGCACAUUCGUUGGCAGAGUAUUGGCACGACCGAGCUGCAAUAA